AGACUGCUUUAGACAUGCAAAUGAUUUAAAAGCUGUGCUGUGGUGCAAGGAAAGUUUAACAGCAUUUUACUUCCGCGUGGUGUUUUUCAAUUUCUGUUUAAAAAAAAGACCGCAAGAGAAAAUAUUUUUUAAAAACCAGUACAAUGUUAGUACUUUUUGAAACCCCAGCGGGGUAUGCAAUUUUUAAGUUACUGGAUGAAAACAAACUAUCAAAAGUAGAUAAUCUUUAUCAUGAUUUUGAAACACCCGAAGCUGCAAGCAGAGUAGUGAAACUAAAGCAUUUUGAGAAGUUUGCCGAUACAACUGAGGCCCUGGCAGCAACAACGGCAGCAGUUGAGGGAAAACUGAGUAAAUCUUUGAAAAAAAUCUUAAAGAAAUAUUGUGCGGAAGUACAGGAACAAUUGGCCGUAGCCGACGCGAAACUAGGAUCGGCAAUUAAAGAUAAAUUGAGUUUAUCAUGCGUGAGCAAUACAAACGUUCAAGAAUUAAUGCGAUGCAUCAGAAGUCAAAUGGACAGUCUUCUUGCCGGUUUUCCCAAGAAAGAAAUGACAGCAAUGGCACUUGGUCUAGCUCACAGUCUAUCAAGAUACAAAUUAAAAUUCUCACCCGACAAAAUUGAUACAAUGAUCAUACAAGCUGUCUGCCUUCUAGACGAUCUGGACAAAGAAUUGAAUAAUUAUGUGAUGCGUUGCCGUGAAUGGUACGGAUGGCAUUUUCCCGAAUUGGGAAAACUAAUUACCGAUAAUGUCGCUUUUGUGAAAACAGUCAAUGUAAUUGGUACCAGAGAAAAUGCAGCAUCAAGUGAUUUAUCCGAUAUUCUGCCCGAGGAGGUGGAGGAAAAAGUGAAAGAGGCUGCCGAAAUUUCCAUGGGCACGGAAAUAUCACACGACGAUAUCAUCAAUAUUCAACAUUUAUGUGAUCAAGUAAUUGAAAUUUCACAGUACAGAGCACAAUUGUAUGAUUAUUUGAAAGCGAGAAUGAUGGCAAUGGCACCGAAUUUGACAGUGCUCGUUGGCGAUUUAGUUGGAGCGCGAUUAAUUUCCCACGCAGGAUCACUUAUCAAUCUUGCCAAGCAUCCAGCUUCAACUGUUCAGAUUCUCGGUGCUGAGAAAGCACUUUUCAGAGCCCUUAAAACAAAGAAAGAUACACCAAAAUAUGGAUUAAUCUAUCACGCUCAAUUGGUUGGUUCGAGUUCAACGAAGAAUAAGGGGAAAAUGUCAAGAAUGCUCGCUGCUAAGGCAUCACUAGCAAUUAGGGUGGAUGCACUCGGUGAAGAUGUGACUUUUGAUUUUGGGGCCGAACACAAGGCAAAACUCGAAGCGAAAUUACGAAUUCUCGAGGAAGGGAAUUUAAGGAAACUCAGCGGCACUGGUAAAGUGAAAGCUAAAUUCGAAAAGUAUCAAACUAAGAGUGAAAUUGUUCAAUAUCCGACGGCUGCGGAUUCAACUUUGGCGACAACUAAGAGACCAAUGAUUGAGGAAAUCAAGACUGAGGAAGAAGUGCCGAAGAAAAAGAAGAAGAAGAACGAAGAAGGUGCCGAAGGUAAAUCAACCGAAGAAGUAGAGGAGCCAGAACAAGAAUUUGUCACACCUAAGAAGAAAAAGAAGAAGAUUAAACAAGAACCCGCAGAAGAGGCUGAUAAGUCCGUCAACGUAGAAGAAGCUGAAACUUCCGAACCGAAGAAGAAGAAGAAAAAGAAAAAGGACAAAGAUUUGAGCGAAACUAUGGAAAUGGAAGAAGCGACACGAAAAGAAGAAGAAGAAGGAGCUGCAGAGUCUCUUGGUAGUGAAAAGAAGAAGAAGAAAAAGAAGCUAAAAGAAGAGAAAGUAGAAGAGGAAGAAUCAGCCAUCCCUGAUGAAUAUCAAGCUUCAAGUUCAUCAGAAAAGAAAAAGAAGAAGAAAAAGAAGCACAAGUCAACCGAAGAUCAGGACACGUAAACUUUUUUUUAAUAUAGAGAAUAUUAAAAGUAUUUUUUUCCAACUGAUCAUAAAUAAAAAGAAAACUCACAUUUUGUUAAAAAUAUCACAAAAUGUAUUCGUAAUUUGUACGAAUAAGUGUUAAAAACAGUUACUUUUUUCUAAUUCCGUAUCUUACCGAGAAUUUCCCACAAUAUUUGUAUACAUCUCCUUUUUUAAGAUUAUUUUCUCUAUUUAGUGUUUUUAUUAUUACAAUUAAUUACUCCAAUAAGUACAAAUAAUUAUUUUCUUGAAUUUACUCUCAUGAACAUGAAAUUAACAAAUUAAAAAAGAAAAAACUUUAAAAUGUCAUAGAAUUAGUUCUCAACUAGAAAGUACCUCAAUUUUUUGAUUUGUAAUAAUUAUUACUUUUAUGCAUUUUUACUGUAAAUACUAUACGUUUUUUUUAUUUCACUGUAAAUAUAAAAUACAUUUAAUUUGUAUUAUGUA